AUUAUACAUCAAUUGAACUACACCUACCCCUCUACACACCUACACAUCAAAACAGCUACAAACCUGUUACAUCCCAUCCCAUCUCCGCUCCGCCCCCCCCCUUGACUCGAGCAGAAGCCGCUGAUCUUUUUCUGCAGAUUGUCAAUCCCACCCCGAAGAAGAUGUCGUCGUCUCCCCCUAGGCUUGUACCACUCGACGUAGAGGCACUCGAGGCGAGCCUAGGGUUUCCGGAUCUUGAGGAGUUAGACGCUCAGUUGUUAGUGAAAAACCACGACUUGAGAAUUGAGCUGGCCGCUCUGAAAGCCACUCUGGAGGAGAAGGAAGUCCUGAUCAAAGAGAAGGACAGGCGAAUUCAGGAAAUGGAGAAGAGACUGGAGGAAAAGGACAAGCGAAUUGAGGAGAAGAACGAACAGAUUCAGGACAAGCAUGCCUUAUAUCUGGCAGCUAAGUCUGAAGCAGAAAACCUGUCUCUCAUCGCCACCUUAAAGCGCAAGCUGGGCGAGCUCGUCAAUGAGGAUUUCGAAGAGGAUCAGACCCAUAAGAGACUUUGUGCUGACCAGAAGCCGAACGAACAUCCUUCAUAACUUGGCGACGACUAAUAUAUACUCUCGACUCUUGACUCGGUCUCUCCAAACCCCGCGCGGUUGAACGCGUCGCGCCCGACUAGAUUCCCGCUCUGCCCUUUGACGAUGAUGAUACUGUCACUCGCUUCUCUCGGCUCUCAUUUUGACCUCAUUGGCCAUCAUUA